GAAGAAAUGCGCGUACGAAGAAAUGCGGAUACGAAAAAAUGCGCUACGAAUAUUUGCGCUUACGAAGAAAUGCGAGACGAAGUUAUGCGACACGAAUAAAUGCGCCGACGAAGAUUUGCGGACGAAGAAAUGCGGACGAGGAAUUGCGCGACGAAGAAUUGCCAUACGAAGAUUUGUCCGGUUACGUACUAAGUCUCUAUAAAAUUAUCUUUAAUCUGACCGUUGCACAAGGAAAUUGACCGUCGAAUGAUAUUUUUAAUGAUUUUUUGAAAUGACGGAAUGGUGAAAACAUGGGUUAUACUACAUUUAACUUGCAAUUUUAAGGAAAAUGAAGCGUUUUUUACAUUUUGAGGUCAAGUACAAUAAUUUUCGCCUGGUUAUGAAGUUUCAUACUAGCGACACCAGAUGCUGACAUAUGCAAGCGAACACGCGGACAGUCCCGAGGGAGAGUGUGAACCAUCUGGAGAUCAACAUUCCAGCUGACUGAGGGUGACGAUGGCGGUCAACUCAACUCACCAAGACCGUAAUGGUAUUGGGGUGCACCGAAGUCUGCAGCGGACCAACUCUGCGCCCAAGGUUGCCAUUCCGUUCGUGGUGGCCGGUGGCCGGCGCCUCGUGAAGGAGCUCCACAUCAACUACAACAUGCGCGAGGUGCUGGCCGUGCUGGCUGGCGACCUCAACUACCAUCCGGAUGAUCUGGAGAUCUACCUUGGCACGGAGCCGGUCUCGGACAGUCUGGUGCUGGCCGGACUGGACCUCGAACAGCCCGGGUUCGUGCUGAAUGUGCUGGAGAGGAUCGUGCGCCGGCGACCGUCCUCGUCUGACGGCCCGGGAGCGGGCGGCGGCGGCGUGCGGACCGUCACCGUGCACACAGAGGGGGAGGACGGCGGACGGCGGACCAUUUCGGUGGCUAUCGAGCCGGGAGACGGCGAGAAACCGUUCUUAGGCGGAUACCGGGACAAACGGGACGGCACCGAGUACCUGCACGCCACCGCGCAGACCUACACUCGGCCCUUCAGAAACUACGCCUAUGAGCGCCACGAGCGGGACGCGCAGACAGCAUGGGGCCUGCCGGCGGCCGUGCAGACGAACCGCGACACGUGCACCCAGAUGCCCAAACCGGGUGUGUGGCAGGACCACCGGCGCGAGCGGGUGCUGUCCUACAGCGGCGCCUACCAGACGGCUGACGAACUGCUCCAGCUGCGAACCGAUAAGGCGAUUCUUCUACAGAAGUACUGGCGCCGCUGGCUGGCCCGUCGCCGGGUACAGCGGAUGGCCAGGGAGCGGGAUGUCGUGCUCCAGUGGAUUGUGGACGACGCAGAACGGCGCAAACAGGCUCGGCUGAAGCGUCGCGCCGGAGUCGUCGAGCGGAAGAUGGACCCCAAGAGCAAGAACGACUUCGACAUUCUGUUCAGCUCGCUGGAGGCCUGGCGGAAGAAGGCCAUCGCCUACUGUUACUCCACCAAGUCGGGUGGUGAGCUGAAGGCGGCGCUGUGUCAGCUGCUGGAACAGGAGGCGGAGAUGCUGAAGGCCAUCAACGGCCAUCAGAGCCGCGCGGCCGCCUGCGGACAGGCCAAACGCAUACACCGGCUGCUGGAGAAGACGCAGGCACCUCUGCGCUGGAAGGGCCGUGACGGCGAGCCCAUUUCGGUGGACAACUCAGUGACGCUGUGGGCGCGUCAGCUGCGCGACAUUCACACCUCGCUGACCCUGCCCGGGCUGAGCGCCGACGAGCGGUCAGACAUCUUGGCCACGCUGGCCGACCUGAUCGCCGGCCUGCCGUUCUCGGCCGAUAACCACGAGCUGCGGGACCUCUGUAAGCGCGAGAUGGACCUGCUGUCGCGCGGGGUGACGCCGCGGCACCUGGCCGGCCUGAGACACCGCUCCCUGCAGCUCUUCUGGCGACUGCUGAGGGAUGUCAACUUCAACCCGGCCUCGGCCAAAUGCCAGAAGGUACCGCUGGACCCAGAGUCGAUCCGCGGUGACGUCAACACGUGCACCUCGUGCCACCGCUGUCUGCCGAGACACCAGUUCCAGGUGGACGCCAGCGACGUUACCCUGAGGAGGUGCCGUAUGUGUGAACAGCUGCAGAACUGGGCGCUGCGGCGUCACGACAACAACGUGCUCGGGAAGAUGCUGGAAGAGCUGCGCCGUGACGAACAGAACCGGUCACCGGGCUCGGCAGCCGUCUGCCUCAUACAGGAGUCUGAUUUCCGUCACCUGGUGCUGUCGCUGUGGGGCGGCCAGUCCUGCCUGAGCGCCGAUCCGGACCUCUAUGAGCUGCUGCUCUGCCGCUGGGACGUGGAACAGCCCUGGACGCCUUGGAACUGCGUCCUGCUCACCAGAGACGAGACCGAGGCGCACUACAAGCUCGGAAAGCCGCAGCAGCGGUACGGGCCGGAGCUGUGUCAGCGGGUGCGUCUGCGGCACGUGGCCGCCAGUCGCUACUUCUGCCACCUGCCGGCCAUGGUGGCCCGCCUGGAGGCCGGGCUCACGGAGCGCGAGACGGGGCCGCCGUCACCGGGCGCCUGCCGCCGGCCGGCCGCCGCGCCCGCCUGACCUGCCGAGAGGCCACCACCGCCACCCGGGACCUCCAGCUGACGGAGAAAACCGGGCGGCACGGACAACGCACCGCUCCGACGCGCCUUGUGAUAAAUUAGCGCCACGUCAGGCCGGGCUCGAACGAAGCGAACGUAGUCGAGAGAUCUGACUAGUCAUGUAAAUCGGUGUCUGUGGCUGCAUGUUUGUGCCAGGUGAUAUAAUGCACGGGUUUGGCGCUUGCGUUGGCGGUCUCUCGUUAUUUUGGAGGGGUGUAUUGUGGCAUCUCUGCUGGUGUAGUAAAUAUCAUGCUGAUAGAUAUCCUGCAAAAUCGUGUAUUCCAUGCCAAGCAAUUGUCGUUUUGUCUGCUUGUCUUUUGUCCUUGGACCAACAACGCCGCAUUUACUCAGUUGAAUAAAAUUGCGUGCUUUGCC